GUUUUGGGCGAUUUGUUUCCACAUUCAAACGUCCGCAGAACAUUGGUCAGUUCAAAGAUCCACCGUUGAGAGCUUCGAAGAUUUGCCAUGGGUUCCAGCAGCUCCAGCCCGGCGGAUGGCCCCACCCAGUUGGAGGACAAGUACUAUCCUGAGUGGAUCAAGAAUCCUGAGAACAUCAAAGACCUCACAGGCAAAGUUGCUUUGAUCACUGGUGUGUCCACAUCCAGUGGCUUGGGCUUCUACGCCACCAAAGCUUUGGCGCUCAAAGGAGCCCAAUGCGUGAUCACUGUGCGAAAUGUGGAGAAGGGCGAAGCAGUCAAGGCCGACCUUGAGGCCAAGCUGCAGGAGGAUGGCGUCAAGCCGAAGAUUGCCGUCAUGAAGAUGGACAACUGCGACUUUGCCAGUAUUCGUAGCUUCACUGAUGAGUUCAAGAAGCAGUAUGACCGCCUGGACAUUGUGUGCAACAAUGCUGGAGUCAUGGGUUUGGAUGUCCAGAUGACGAAGGAUGGCUACGACAUCCAGAUCCAGACGAACCACUUGAGCCACUUCCUGAUGACUGCUCGUUUGUGGCCUUUGAUGAAAGCCACGGCCGAGAAGUAUGGCGAUGUCACCAUUACGCAGGUCUCCUCCGGCGCGUCGCACAAGGGCGGUCCCACGGUGGAUACGGCCAACCUCAACAAUCCCCACCCAUCGCACGGAUUUCUUCUGUAUUUGGCGCCCUUCGUGCUGGGCGGCAGCACUGGCCACUGGGCACGAUAUGGCCAGAGUAAGCUGGCGAAUGUCCUAUUCGCGCAGGAGCUGCAGCGGCGGAUCGCAGCCGUGGGCCUGCAGGACAAAAUGAAGCUCGGACAAAGAACAGAAUGCAGCCAGGCCUGGCUGCCACCAAUUUACAGAUCACCACGCAGAAGGGCGGUGGCAUGAAGGACGGAGCAGGAUAUCAGAAGAAUGGCCAGUCCUGUGCUGAUGGUUCUCUCCCAUUGGUCAUGGCCGUCGCACAUCCCACCCAGUGCGAAGGAGGCGGCUACUACGGUCCCCACGAGAGUCAGAAGGGCUAUCCCAUCAAGACGAAGAAUGAGAACCCACUGGCCUAUGAUGAAAAAGUUGCCAAAGAUCUUUGGGAAGCCUCGGAGAAGGCGGUCGGAGAAGACUUUCAGCUGUGAGGCGCCAAAGGCCACAGCUCCGCUGGGGACACUUGGUCCUUGGUGUGUUUCAGAUCUCCAAGGAAAACUCCUUGGAUCAGAUUGCUUUUGCCGAACGAUGUGACUGGUUGUGUGGACAGAUCACGCGACCCCUUUUGCCAGACAAAAGGAGCAGCGUGAGGCCGACUCGGACGACUAGGACUCGGCCUUCGUGUUCUGGGCCGAAACCGCACCUUCUCCCCCCCGCUGGCC